ACACCACUGCAUACUUUAUACCAUCGUCAAUGGUGCCUAAUGUCUACAAAUAAAGAAUUAAUUGCAAAAAAGUCAAUAUCCUGCAUACAAUCCCCAAUAUCAAAAUUGAUCUGCUUUAAAGUGAAAAAAAUCAGUUUAACCAAAUCAGUCUACAAUAAUCGAUCUUUUACAACACAGAUUAUACAAUAAUAUUUAGAUAUGGUGGUAUUGAAACGACUAUUCCAUUCAUCUUCAAACCUUCUUCUUGCUUCAAAACACACUUUCCAAUUAGAUCCCAACUAUAAAUUCAAAUGUGGGAUUGAAAUACAUACUCAAUUAAAGACAAAAUAUAAAUUAUUUUCAUUAUCCAAAACUAGUUUCAAUGAAUCUCCAAAUACCAAUAUAAGUUAUUUUGAUAUUGGAUUACCUGGUUCUCAACCUAAAUUAAACCCAGAAGCUUUAUUAUUAGCGUUGAAAGCAGCAGUGGCCUUGGAUUGUGAUAUAUCCUUACAAUCUAAAUUUGAUCGAAAACAUUAUUUUUAUCCUGAUCAACCUUUAGGAUAUCAAAUAACGCAAUUUUAUCAUCCUUUAGCUAAAGAAGGGAGACUUGAACUUGAUAAAAAGUUCGAUGAUAUACGACAAGAUUCAAAAAUCAUUGGGAUUGAACAGAUUCAAAUUGAACAAGAUACAGGGAAAUUAAAUUAUAAUAAAGUGGAUAAUAUUAUCAAUAUUGAUUAUAAUAGAAGUAAUACCCCCUUGAUUGAAUUAGUUACUAAACCCGAUUUUGAAGAUUUACUUCAAGUAAGAGCUUUUGUUAAGAAAUAUCAAAGUUUAGUUCGUCAUCUUAAUAUUUGUACGGGGGAUUUAGAAACUGGAGCUAUAAGAGUUGAUGUUAAUAUUAGUGUUAAUGGAUUUCCUCGAAUUGAAAUAAAGAAUUUAAGUAGUCAUAGUGAGAUUCAAGAUGCUCUUAAAUAUGAAUAUACCAGACAAGUUUCAUUAAUCAAACAAGGGAAACAGAAUGAGAUAGUUCAAGAAACAAGAGGUUGGGAUGGUGAUAAAACCACUUCAUUAAGAUUAAAAGAAAAUUCAGUGGAAUAUAGAUACUUACCUGAUGCAGAAUUACCCAUGGUAAACCUUGAUGAAUCAAUCAUUAAUGAUGUUAAACAAUCAUUACUGGAAUUUCCCGAACAAAUUUUAUCAAAAUUAAUUAAUCAACCUUUCAAUCUUGAAUUAAAAUAUGCUCGAUUUUUCAUCGAUAAUCCAGUUGUGUUACAAUAUUACUACGACUUAUAUGAUAUAGUAACCAUCAAAAAUAAAGAAUCAGUUAAUAUGGUGAAUAAUUGGCUUCUUCAUGAAUUAAUUGGUGUAUUUACUAAACUUGAUUUGAAAUUAGAUUUAGAUAGAAUUCCAGCAUCGAAAUUAGGUGAUUUAAUUAUGUUCAUCACAUCCAAACAAAUCUCAACCACAUCAGCUCGAUUAUUAUUAAUGCAAAUGAUUGAAAAUAAAGAUAAUUUUGAUAAAUCAGUAUCAGAACUCAUAGAAUUAUAUGAUUUAGGAGUUCCAACAGAUAUCUCACCUCAAGAAUUCGAUGAAGCAGUGGAAGAAAUUUGUCAUGGUAUAAUCUCAGAUAAUGCUGAUGUGGUUGAAAAGAUUAAACAUGGUCAAAAGAAAUCAAUCAAAUAUUUAGUAGGUCUUGCAAUGAGAGAAACUCAAGGUAAAGUUAACGCAAAGACUUUUGAAGAUAAAUUACAGGAAAUUAUUAACACAUUGUAAAUAACUUAUGCAUAUAAUUAAAUAUAAACUUGUACAUAGAAAACACGAACAAAAAUGCAAACUAUAAACGAAAUAGAA